UAGGUGGGCAGGGCUGGCCGAGUGUCCCUGCUCUGUUCGUGAAUGCCAAGUUCGCCGUGUGUCUCUCUGUCUCUCUGUGAGCUGUGAGAGUGAUCUGAACUUUUUUUAGUAUUUCUCCUGACUGUGGCCUUUUCUGAGUCUUGCAUAUUUACCUCUUCUAUGUUUGUGGAAAAAACCCAGCUGUUGAAGAAUUGAAGUCAAGUCUUUUCCUCACGUGAGAAUGAAAUGGGGAAGUUGUAGAGCUUGGACUCAGCACAGUAGUCUCAUUUGCUGCAGAAAGUAAAACUAAUCUCAAGAAUUCACAUAAAGAAAAUUAAAGCCUAAAAUCAUGUCAUCUGAAAAGGAACAGAUUUUUUGUGAUAAAAAGCAAAUUAGUUUCUUAAAUCACAGUACUAUGAGGAAUUGUUCUACAGAUACUACUUUGGAAAAAGAAUCAGUGAAUGAUCCUUUAAGUAUGAGGAUUCAACCAGCAAUUUUAGAUGUCAAUCUUGCUUACGGACUAAAAAAUGUGAAAAUUGAAUUACCCAAGGUGAACAUUCCAAAUGAAGUAUUAAUGAAACAUGAAGUUGAUAGGUUUAGAAAACUCUUUCAGUGUAAGCAGCAAACUGCAAGGAAGUCCUUAAGUCUAGACAAAAUAAACGGAAGCAAUCCUGAUUGUUCAGAGGGAAGCCACUUGCAAAAUAAACCAGAAGUGCAAUUUGAAAAAGAGUUGAAAACUGCAGCCAAGAUACUGAAUUUCACUUGUACAAAGUGCAAGGAUAACAUUAGAUACAGCCCAAAUGAUCUGCAGAAACAUUUUCAGCUGUUGCACUAUGGCGAGUUGCCUUUGUAUCCUUGUGAGAUGUGCAGCUUCUCAGCGAAUGACUUUCAGUCCUUUAAACAGCACCGACGCAUCCAUCGUAGCACUUUGGUAAAAUGUGAGCUCUGUAAUGAUGAACAGAUAUACACUUUGUUGGAUUUGACAAAACACUUCAUAUCAAAGCAUUGCGUAAAUGGUCACUUUCAAUGUGAAAAAUGUGCAUUUUCUACCCAUGAUGUGGGCACGUUUGUUCAGCACAUUCACAGACAUAAAGAGAUUCCCUAUAAAUGUGGAAAAUGCCAUCAAGAAAACUUUACAGAAGAGGAGCUCCAAAAUCAUCUUCUUGUUCAUACCAGUAUGUUUUCUUUUGGUUGUCAUUAUUGCAGUUACAGCACAUCACGGAAAGAUUAUCUUCUAAAACACAUCAUAGCUUUACACAGAGAUCACUUUAUUGCUAAAGAAAAACUGGAAAAGGAUAAAUAUGAAAAAAGAAUAGUGAAGACUCCAGCAGGACUAAAGCUUGUGUUGAAAAGGUAUAAAAUAGGAGCAUCCAAAAAAGCACUCUGGAGACGGAAAGAAAUAAGCAGUGGAAGUGACAAUACUGGAGAAGAAAAUGCACAAGUGCUAAGAAGUGUGAAUAAAAUUCAGACAAAUGCUGAGGAGCUGAACCAGUGUAUGAGAGACAUGGAAACAAAUGAAGAAAAAGAUGAAGUUAAGUACCCAGAAAAGCGUAAUUUUGUGGAUGGAAUGUUCUCUGCUACUACUGCACAAUACAAUAAGGCAGAUGAUGGAACAAGUUAUGGACUGGGAUUAUUGAAAAAUGCUGUUCAUGGGCCAACAGUGUUGAUGGUUAAAAACAAUAAAAUAUCUGUUCCGGCAAAUUACAGCGCUAAAUUUAUGGGCUUUAAAAUGGUAGAUGGAAAACAACAUAUUGUUAUAAAAUUACUACCUACAAAUAAGCAGAAUGAGUAUUUGUUGGGUCAGAAAGCUGAUCCUGUUAAUGAUGGUUCUUCAACUCCUUUGCUACAGACUUCUGAUCCCUGUGGUUUGUCUUCAGGUGCUAUAGCACAUGUAACUGAUCAGUCAACCUUAAAGAACAAUUCUGUUCACCCGUUAACCUCCCCUCUGUUUUCUUGUCCUGCACAUCAUUCAGGAAAAAUGAAAGUGGAAAAACAAAAUAACUCCAUACUAUAUAGUAGGAGUGUUUCUGAAACUGUAGCACCUUCUAAUAUAGCUGUAGGAAAAAGUUCAAAUUAUUUGCCAAUGAAGUUGGGCUCAACUGUACCUCCACGUGACAAAGUAACAAAAGCUGGAACUCCAAACAGUGUCUCAUGGGGAAACUUUAGCCCUUCAAGUCAUCCUCAGGUAUUACCACCCGCUAUGACAAAUACACUUCAUUGUGACCCUAUAAAAAUGCCCUUUUUUCCUGAACUGAAAAUACAAAAUGGUGGCCUGAAUAAUAGUAAUGGAACUAAUAAUCUCUAUUAUUCAACUUCAGUGGAUUCUUCUAAGGAAGGGUUGUUGUCUUUUCACAACUAUUCCAAAGUGGACUCUUUGGAUAAUCCAUGUAGCAUUCGGAUGCCAACAGAUGACAGACACAAAGAAUUUGUAUCUAGCAAAACCGUUUCUUUUCAAAACAGUGGAAGUGAAUCUGCACCUUCAUAUUCAGAGUCGAUGAGAGGCUUAAAAGCAGAGAAAGUUUUGUCAGCUCGAUCAAAUAUUGAUAAAACUUACAAACACAUAAACACUAAAAAUAACUCUGUGUCUUUUAAAAGCCAGUCUAAAUGCAGUGUUGACAGUGAGUGUUUUACGGAGGACCAGCAUCAUGGCCAGCAGUAUUUGGACACUACCAUAGGUCAAGGCUUUCAGAACGUAGCUGAGAAAUUCCAAGAAAAUGCCUCUGAUUGUGUUAACUCUUUCUUAAUGCCUAAAAUCACAUCUGUUUUCUCAUUGCAAAGUGAACAAGCAGCUAAUUAUUUAUCGCCUGAAAUAAAACAGAUACUGCAAGAUGUGUUAAAAGUGAAAACAACUUCUCAGCAAGAGUUCCACAGCAAGACAAAUAACUCUGUAAAACUUCAUCCUGACAAGCUGCUUUCUGGUCAUGAGGCCAGGAAUACAGCCUUCAUGCAUUUAAAAAGCUCUGCAACUACAUGUGGUUUUCAGAGGCCUCCUUCUAAUGUAGACUUUAAUUUAUAUAAGAGAGAGUGGAACACAAGAUGUAGCACAAAUGAAGGCACACAUUGUGGGAGAGAAAGACAGACAUCCAAACCAUCAUUUGAUUCACAGGAUGUGGACAAAUUAUCCAUAACUCCGGGUGUUGGUACAUUGCUAAAAACUUGUACAGAUUCAGUCUUAACACAGCAGUUAGUAAAAGAGAAAGUACUGUCUGCAGCUCAAAAUCCCAGCAGCUUUUCACCAGUUUUACCUGUUCUUCAGGAACAGAAGAAAACCCUUUUCUUUAAGUCUCUUCCAUCGGGAUUUUUUGUUCCUUUGCACCUUGCUAACCAGCCUGGACAACAGGUGGCUUCAGGAAAAUCUCUUCCAUCAACCAGUUCAUCAGAUGGGCACGUGACUAAAGGUGUACCUGCAUCUUUUGUUUCAAAUAAGGGACCUGGAAUGAUUUUGACUUUUAGCAGGGCAGUUGGAACAGUUGCAAGUGCCGCUAAUGAUAGUUCUCAGGUUUUAGGGGGAAUUGCAUCCAGAGAAGUUGGUAAAAUAACCAUAUCAACUUCAAAAGUGAAGGGGGAAAAUGACAGUUUUGGAAAUGUAAGAAGUUCCUGUAAUAGGGAAGCAAGUAGAACAGCACAUGAUUUGAUAACUAGCAUGCCAUUCAGAGGACCUCCUGUAACUACAAAUGCAUUGGAGUCAUCUGUGAAAGGAAUUUCUUCUGUGAAAGUGUUAUCAGAGCAUCGGGACGCUGUCUUUGGUUCUUUGGAGUCAGUAAACCAACAGGAAAUUAAACAGGAACAAGAUGUUUAUGCACUUUUGCCUGAUGGACAGCAGGGAGCUUUUCUGAAUUGUACGACACCAAACAAGCCUGUAGUUCAUAAACCAGUUUUUUUUCAGGAUAAUGCUCAUUAUCAAAAUUGUCAACCAAAGAGAACUAGAGCCAUGCAACAACAGCUUUUGCCGAAAAUGAAACCUCCUACUUCACAUACACUGGCUGAUACCACUCAGUCAGUGAGCAACUCAGUGCCCUCACUACAGGCAGAUAACUUGCAGUUCCUUACUCCUGCACUAGCACAGAAACAAACUAAUCUUAGUUUUAAUAAUGCCUUAAUCUUACCAGGUGGGUUAAUGCCAGCAAAUGCCUCUUCGGCAAGCUCUAAUCCAGCAUGUUGUGUUCCUCCUGUAGGACCUGUUUAUUCUACUAAAUCUGCAAGGACACGAUUGCAAAAAGGUUCUGUUGAGAGUACACAAGUAAUAACUGCUAACAACAGGAAUAACUUUGGUUGUCAGAAGUCAACAUGGAGCACCCAAACCAGAACUGCAAAAGUAAAACCUCGCUUAAAACAAACGCGGUCUAAAAGUUCAGAAACUCGAGGUGUGCAAAGAAAUAAGAAUUUCAAACGUAAAAGGAAGGCUAGUUGCCCAGAACCUCCAAGAAAGAAAGCAAUGUUGCACAGAAAGUGUAAGGAAAAGAAUCAAGCUGCAGUUGUUAGUGAAUCAGGUAGCCCUUACAAACAAAGGGCAUCAAAAAAAACUGUGAGGACUUUGAAAUUACUUCCUUUUAAUUCUAAUCAGCUCGUAAAAUGCCCUCGGAGAAACCAACCGGUUGUUGUGCUUAACCAUCCUGAUGUAGAUGUUCCAGAAGUUGUAAAUGUAAUGAAAACUAUUGCUAAAUUUAAGGGACACGUUCUUAAGGUUUCAUUGUCAAAAAGAACUAUUGAAGCGCUUCUGCAGCCAGCCUUCUGCAAUCCUUUGGAUGGAACUACUGAUGAUUUUUCUCAAAAAAGAUACAGGACCAUAAAACCUAUUAGCCCUGUAAAAGAAAGAUUUGUCUUAAAAUUGACACUGAAAAAGACUAGCAAAAACAAUUACCAGAUUGUGAAAACUACCUCUAAUAAUACCUUGAAAGCUAAGUUUAGCUGCUGGUUUUGUGGUAGAAUAUUUGACAAUCAGGAUAAUUGGGUAGGACAUGGACAGAGACAUCUGAUGGAGGCCACUCGAGAUUGGAAUUCUUUAAUGGAAGGAUGACUGGUGAAGAAAAUAAAACUUAAAUACCAUGCAUUAAAGUUUUUCAAAAAAUAUUCAAUUGAAUUAGGAUACACAAGUGAUUUUGUUUUUUAUGUCAGUAUUGUAACUGAAGUUCAAAAAUCAUGAAAAGUGCUUGUGUUUUAAAAGAAAGAGCAUAUUCCCUAUUGGCAUCAGCUUUGAGAAAGAUCAAGGAGCUUUGUGGUUUAAAUAACUUGUAACUAACUGCAAAUACAAUUCCAUAAAAAGAUAUAUUAUUUUUUAUUACUACUAUAUUAUGUGCUAUAUUUUUAUUCUAUAGAAUGAAUCUUCAGGGCUUUUGUUCUGUACAUAUUUAAAAAUCUCUAAACAUGUAAAUAUUUUUAUACUUUUCAGUUACUUGGUAUAAUUCUUGCACAGAAAUUACACCCCAUCCCCCAUUUUUCAGUUCUGUGCAUGCACUACUAAAACCAAUUUUUAAAAUCUUUUCAAAUACACGCAGUUGUUAUCCUGGGAUUUCUGUUAUUUUCACUUAUUAGCUCUUGAUUUUGUUUUUCAGGGAUUGAACACUAUUGUUAGCAAGUGCCUCAAAGAUGUGAAGCAGUUUACAUUAUGUCGACUGUGUAACCAUGGGUCUGUAUAGGGCCAUUCCCCCAACAGUUUCAUUUAAACAAAGCCAUAUGUGAAUGCUUUAAGCUAUAUUGCUAUGCACAUGACACUUGUACUAUUUCUGUGCAGUUUGUCUACUUUCUUAGUGAAGUAUUUUUCAUAUAAAUUAAUAAAAUGUUACGUUUGUGUUAAUACGGUGAGUCAGAAUAAAGGCGAUUGAAAAUAUACGGUAUAUAUAUUCAUAAUGUAUAUGGUGUUAAAGAAUGGUGAACAUUCCUAAUCUGUAUUGACUUUGUCUCUAUUAAAUUUGCUACAACUUGUGUUUA